UUUCUGAGUUCACUAGAAGUUACGAUAUUUAGAUAAUACCACGUGCGGCAAAUCUGCAAUAAGAAAAAAAGAAGUUACGAUGUUGAAGUCUCUAGCUUUUGUGUUCUGUUUGGCACUGGUCGGUCAGUAUGCCGAUGGCGCUCAAAGUAUUCAAAAGGACGAAAAGCCAGAUGAAUUGAAGAAUCAACCUGGGUGUUACGUGUCAUACCUAGGUCGUGUCCUGGCCUUCGGUGAUAGAGCGUCUGAUGAGAGUGGAGUUUGCCAACAAUACAUCUGUCCAACUGGGACAUCGGCGGAGGCUUACAAAAUCGUAAACUGCCCCACCUAUUCUGAAGAUUGUGUCACUAUUCCUGGUAACCCAAAAGCAUUAUACCCUGACUGUUGUGACAGUCUUGAUAGUGAGAAAACUGGCGCCAGUGGAAACAAAUGUACCGCCAUAGCAUAAAUAAUACCUUACCCAAGUUGCAAACGAUUAUGAUAAUCUACAGUUUUUUUGACGUGACUCAUUGCAAAUGUCAUUACCUACUUGUCUGGGUAAUCGACAGUGACGGUGAUCUAAAUAUAUAAGAGGAGAAACUGACUGACUCACUGACUGACAUGUCAACGCACAGCCUAAACGGCUAAACGUAGGCACUUGAAAUUAGGAAGGGACGUAGCUUAGGUACCGUAGAGGUGCACUACGAAAGGAAUUCCCGAAAUUCCCACGGGAACGGGAGUUAGCGUUUCCAUGAAAAAAUCUAAACUGCGUAAGAUACGGGUAGAUGUUUUCAGUCUAGCAUGCAUGCACGCCUUAAUAAAUAUAAAGUUUAGUUAUGGCUGUAUUUUGAAAAAUGGGAGUUAGCGGGAAAAAAAAUGUUGUAUGAAAAAAUCUAAACUGCAUAAGUUAGAUGCUUGAAAUUUGACAUGCACUCCCACAUACACAAAGAUCUCUCUUUUAUAAUACGCCACGCGGACGAAGUAGCGGGCAAAAGCUAGUAAAAAUAUAUGGGAUUGACAUGAAGUGACAUGUCAAUCCCAUAUGUUUUUAUAUUACAGUCGUUUGUCAUAAUCGUUGGGAAAUACCCCCGGUGGGGAAAUAUUACAAAAAUUACUUUUUGAUCCCUAGCUUGGUUACGACAUUACAGGCUAAUCACCUCAUUUUCCGUAAGUAAGAUGAUCCGUGCUUCGUGCACGUUAAGCCGUUAGUGUCGGUUACUACUUACUGAUGUAAGUAAGUAGUCGUUAAAUGAAUCAUGUCAGGGACCUUUGCCGGCUCAGUAGUAACCCUGACAUCAGGGAGGUUGGUAAUCCACCCUCACAACCCACACCAGAGAAGAAGUCAGAAUCGUUUGCAACUUCAUCAUCAGCCGUACGACGCCCACUGCUGGGCAUAAGCCUCCCCCAAGGAUUUUCAUCAUCACCACUAAUUUAAUGUUGUUAUGUUCGUCUCUGUAUUUUUUUCUGUUUACUUCUUUAUGUAAUAAAAUAUAUAAUAAAUACUAAAUUUCAUGAAUUAAAA